GACUCUGGAGAUGGUGUGAGUCACACUGUACCAAUGUAUUAUGUUCUUCCACAUGCAAUCUUACGUGUUGACCUAGCGGGGCAUGACCUAACAUACCACCUCAUGAAAAUACUGACAGAGUGUAGCCAUUCCUUCACCAUAACUGCAGAGCGUGAUGUUAGGGACAUGAAAGAAAAGCUCUCUUAAAUUGCUCUUGACUGUGAACAAGAGCUGGAGACUUCCAAUACAAGCUCAUCUGUUGAGAAAAGCUUCGAGCUUUCUGACGAAACCAUAGGAGCAGAGAGGUUCUGGUGCCCAGAAGUUCUGUUUCAGACAUCAAUGAUUGGAAAGGAAAAUCUAGGAAUCCAUGAAGUCACAUAUAACUCUCUCAUGAAAUGUGAUGUGGAUAUUAGGAAAGAUUUGUAUGGAAACAUUGUGCUAAGUGGUGGAACCACAAUGUUUGGUGUACGUGAUAGAAUGAGCAAAGAGAUCACAGCUUUAGCACCUAGUAACAUGAAGAUUAAGGUCGUGGUUCCACCCGAGCGAAAUAGUGUUUGGAUUGGUAGUUCUAUAUUGACUUCGCUCAGCACUUUCCAGGUGGAAUGGAUUGUGAAAUCGGAGUACAAUGACUAUGGACCGUUAAUUGUACCGAGGAAAUAG